AUGGAUACGAAAGAUUCAAAUAAACGUAGUUUUAGUCUUUUUGGAAAUUAUAAUUUACAUCAACCGACAAUAGAUGUGCCCGUUCAUUCAACGCCCGGUACAAAUACUUUAUCACCUUAUUUAAAUUUCGAUCCCACCGUGUUGAAUUCGGGUAAAUCUCAAUUUAUUUUGCCUGAAGGACAAAAAGAAAGACGUGGCAGACUUGAAUUAAUGUUUUUCACUAUUGGUGGUUCAGUUAUUGCUGGAAGUGUAGUUGGUAGUGCAUCUGGAUUAUAUCGUGGAUUACGUGGAACUCGAGAAUUAACUGGUAGUGUAAGAACUUCAUCAAUUAUUAAUUAUGUUUCUCGUCAAGGUGCUACUACUGCUUCUGCGAUGGGCACAAUUGCAUUAAUCUACAGUUUAUUUGGUACCGGUAUAAGUUGGGUACGUGAUGCCGAUGAUGAAUUAAAUACGGUUGUUAGCGGUGGUCUUACUGGUCUUCUUUAUCGAUCAACAGCGGGUUGGAAAGGUGCUUUAAGAGGCAGUCUUUUUGGUUUAGGAUUGUCAUCUUUAUAUGUGUUCGUUACUUCCAAAGAACGUCUUCAGCCAUAUAUAUAG